AUGAUCGAAGGUGUAGAAUGUAAAAAGCAGCUCUCCACUGCUAAGCCACUUGUUAAAGGAUUCAACUUUUUUAAAUCUGGUCAUGUCCUGUACAUAGGCCACCUACAACAAAAUGGCAAGCACUACAUCAAAAGCCAAGUCCUCCCAUCUAUGAAAAAGGACAAAGUUUAUACAUGCUACUUAGUUAUUAGUUCACUUGGAAAGAUGCUAAGAGCCCACUGCAAAUGCCCUGCUGGCAUAGAUGGGAGAUGUAACCAUGUUGCAUCAACACUUUUUGCUUUAGAAAACUAUUGUAAAGUAAGGGAAAAACUGGAUGAGUCUGAUGAGUCAUGCACCUCCAAACCAUGCAAGUGGAAUGUGCCACGAAAGAGAAAAGGUGCAAUACAGCCCAUAAAUGAGAUGACUUUUGUGAAGCACGACUACACGAAAGAGAAGAAGAUACGUAAGCUUCAUCACUCUCCAGUAAAUGCAAACCAAAAUGCUUGUCGCGAUGAAAACAAGUCAAGGUUUUUUGAAAUGAUGAAGGAGUACCAGAGGGUAUCAGGAAACACUGUAGCUUGGACACAUAUACUGCCUCAGGAAGUAAAGAAACUUCAGGAUGUAAAGGAUUCUCUGCUUUCACCAGUCAAAUGUCAUCCCGUGUCAGCAAAAGAGCUAAAAGAAAAGUUUGAAAAAGCAAAGAGAAAUCUUAUGGUUGAUGAUUUACAAAGGCAAGAUAUUGAGGAACAAACUAGAGGUCAAUCAAACACUGAAUUAUGGCAUCGCCACAGACAACCAAGGAUUACUGCCACAAAAUGUUACCGUGUAGCUGUACAGAGAGAAAGUACGUCCCCUACUAAGAUAAUUAAAGAUAUACUUGGUUACAACAAGGCCUAUCAAAGUAAGUCAAUGGAGGAAGGACUGAAAAUGGAAGACCAGAUUAUCAAUGAUUACAAGCUUCUCAAGCAAAGUCAAGGAGAUGAAGGCAUAACAGUCUCAAAAUGUGGGUUUUUUGUUUCAAAAGAACAUGGUUACCUUGGUGCUAGCCCCGAUGGCCUUGUACAUGAUCCAUCAGCCUCUGAUUCAGAGGGACUUAUAGAAGUUAAGUAUGUCCAGACAUCAAAGGAUGAAACACUAGAAAAGGCAUUGUUACGCAAGAGCAUUUGCAAAAAGAACAGUAAUGCAUUGAGAUUAAAUGACAAACACAAAUACUUCUACCAAGUCCAUCAGCAAAUGUUUGUUACUGGAAGAAAGUGGACAGAUUUUGUUGUAAAGGGUUCAGGCUGUGAUUCACUGUUUUGUGAAAGAGUACAUUUUUCAAUAGACCGCUGGAAGUCUAUUUUGCCCAAGCUAGAAUCCUUUUUUAAUGACUGGAUUGUUCCAGAACUUGUGUAUCCUAGAGUCAAGUAUGGAAUUCCUAAAUUGAAUGCUCGUUCAGUUUAA